CAAGUGCGAUAAAACAAUUGCAGCAAUCUUUAAUCAAUCACUUCUUUUCUCCACAUCGAGUUUUGUGUCGUUUGAAGAAGUUCGAAGGGUCGAGCUAAUAGAACAGUGACCGGCAACCAAGAGAUCUUUCUAGAAUGAAUGGAAAACGCUCUUCCAUACCCUGCUUUCGGUCGACUUCACCGCUUUUGCUCGAAUUGGUGUUCGUGUCCGUUUUGUUCUUUGUAUUGCAUCUUUCUGUCUUGACGACUACGGCGGUUGCCUUUGUGCCGGCAUCAUGUCGCACAAGUAGGUCGAACACUUGCACUACUGAUUCCUUUCAAAAAUGGCAGGGGGGUCAACAAUGGCAGAGUUAUUCAACGGACCCGUUUCCUUUUCCGAUCCUCAAGGCGACCCAGAUCGAUCAAGACCCUUUGUCCACGAGGCGAUGGUAUCCAGAGGAUGGCGUCGAAGAUUUUUCUAGGAAAGAUCUGGAAGAAAAGUCUCUGCAGUUGAUGGCAGAACUUUUGAGGCCAUUGUUUCCACUCGGCAAKGGCGUUGGCAGCGAAGAAGAGACAGAAGGAUGUGCUCUCGAUGACAAAGUUUAUGCCGAGGCGAAUCAGAUGUCCAAUGAAUUGGCCAAAGGCCGUUUCGUAGAUUUUUGUUGUGAAAGUGAAGGAGAAACAAGAGUAGAAUCUUUCUUUCUUCAAGCUGCAGAUACAAAAGUGGGGAGGGAAAUCAUUAAAAGCGGAAUGAGCGAGGAUCUCAUCUUGUUUCGAAAAGUGGUCGAGGGAGCCAUCGUCUCCCUUCAAUCGCUGUUGGUUUUCGGAAUGACAUAUGGCCUCACUCUGCAUCCGACGGGCGUCAGUCGAGCGGUGGCCCACAUGAAGGACGAUGCCGAGGCACUCGACGUGACCUGGCCAACAAAUGGACAGCAAUGGAAACCGGCUCAUUCGUUGCGGUUGAAGUACUUGAGUUUUUUGGAUCAUGAUGCCGAUGAAAAAGUCCCUGGCCUCCAACUCUUGUCCACCCUGAAAUGGAAACGAACACCGUUGAGGGCAUAUGAAUUGCUGACACAAAUAGGGGUAUGGGGAAAGCACGAGAACCUAGCCUUGUUGAGGAGCGGUGUUCCUCUGAGGUUUACAGAAAGCGAAGAAGAAGCGGCUGAGAAAGUCGCGGAAGAGAGCAAAAAGGAUUUGGGAGACGAUGCGGACACCCUACUUGAAAUUCGCCGCGACUUUCGGGGCCAAAAAGUGUUCACGAUCGACAGCGCGUCCACAAAGGAGAUAGACGAUGGCUUGGGAGUUGAGGUCAUUGAGGGAGAAGAUGGCCAAAAACGCUAUCGCUAUUGGAUCCACAUCGCCGACGCAGACCGAUGGGCGACACGAGACUCUGACCUGUUCGAGAUGGCCAGACGGCGUGCGACGUCUAUUUAUUUGCCGGGGAGAUCGAUUCCGAUGAUGCCGGCCAGCGUAAGCGAGCAAGUCAUGUCGCUUAGGGCCCAGUCCGAUGUUUGUGCCUUGUCAUUGGGUGUUGAAUUGAAUGACGACGGAUCCAUUGUGGAAGAUAAUAUCGUCGUAACUCCCUCUACGGUUAGGGUCACCUACCGGCUAACCUACGACGACGCCGACGAGAUGCUCGAAGAUGGCGUGGGAUACAGCGAAGAAUGGCAGUUGGGACGUUUGUAUACCGCCGCACAGCAACGCCGACAGUUUCGGGUGGACAAUGGAUCCGCCGAAGACUUUAUUCCAACCCAGAUUCCGCAGUACACGAUUUCCACGUUUCCCGAUCAGGGAGCCCCCGAUGACGUGGGGAUCAAAAUCGAUUUACAAGUGAGUCACAACGGAGGGAAGAACCAAUCUUCCAUUGUUGCCGAAUCGGGUGACGGAAAUUCAGACAAAGAAGAGCUGCCGGUCUCUUCUUCGUUCCUACUAGUGACAGAGAUGAUGAUUCUCGCCGGGGAGGCGAUCGGAAAGUGGGCCGUUCGCGAAACACAAACCCCCUGUGGCAACCACAGGAAAAACACACUGGAGCUGCCCUUUCGGAGUCAAGAAAAACCCGACUAUAGGACCCGGGAGCGGGAACGGAAAAUCAUGAUGGACCUGCUGGAUUGCAACAUCGGCGGCGGCUAUUGCCACGCCUGGUACGCCCGGAGGUUUUUCUCCCCCGCCAAGGUCACCCCGGAGGCCCUCCCGCACUCCGGCCUGGGACUGGAGUGCUACGCACAGUGGACGAGCCCGAUCCGCAGGUUCCAGGACCUGCAGGUUCACGCGGCCGUAAAACGCUUCCUCCGGCGGCAGCGGGUCCUCGAGCUCCUUGAAACUGGCGAGCCGGUCCCGAACGGGCUAUCGCCGAGCGACCUUGGCUGCGGGCUCCCGACGCAAAACGAGGACGGGACGCUCGAGCUCCCGCUGGAGGACGCCGACGGGGACAUCGAUUACGGCGACGGGGUCAAGCUACUGAAGCCCGUGCAGUUCGUGAUGCGGAACACAAACAAAUUUUGGAUGCUGGAACACAUCCGCCGCCUCAAGGAGGCCGAUCCCCAGCUUUCGACCGAGGUUCUGGUGCUUGGCUGCGUGAAUCCCUCCAAGCGACAGUAUUCGGUGUACCUCUACGAGUUUGGCCUGGAGUGGCGCUACAAUUCCCCUGCCGGCAUCCAGGCCGGGGACCGCUUCAUGGUUCGGUUCGGGAACGUUCUUCCCCAGAACGGACAGAUGACGCUGGUGCGAGAGCCCAAUAGCUCAAAACCAUAAUGUCGUAAUGCUUAUAGUAGUAAAAUAGAAUAGAUUUUUUCUUCGACAUUACUUCAUUCCCGUUAUUCUAGAUCCGAGCUAAAAUUACUAGAUUUGAUGGACUGACAGACAAAAAUUUAGCGUGAGUCUAAAUCAAAAUUAUUUGGAGAGGCCGUCUGGACCCCUCUUCUAAACAAAAGACUUGAUUCACAUGUUAUCUUCCUUCCAACCAUUAAAUAACCGUUACUGAAUGGUCCAGUUGUUUGAUUGCUGAAUUAGCAUCUCGAGACCAUCUACAGUGCUGCCCUAUACUUCUUUCAUUUUCUUGCAGUUGAUCUAACAUAAUCUUUGAUAUCUUCCUUAUUUGAAAUAGAAACUAUAGCAACUG